UUUCCUUAAAAUUAAAUACUCUCUUUCUCACACAUUGAUCCUGAAACCCUAAUGAUCUGUAACAACAAUGUUUCGCUAUUUGUGUUCUUCCAUUGUACAUGGCCGACGAUCUCUUCACGCUGCAUCCAACCUCACACUCCCUUCUCCUACUAACUUCUUCCAAGGAUAUGUUAGAGGAUUUUCGAGCGCAAAUUGGGGUUUAAGUGGACGGAAUCAAAGUGAAAAUGUAAAUGCAAGUGCUCGUCCGGAUUUUCUGCGUGAUAGAGAGAAUGUUAACCCCAGAAGUGAGAAUAAUGCUGAGAUUGGUGGGAAUUCCAGGCGUAUGGACUUUGUCAGAGGAGCUAUAGAUGAAGAUGAAAAGAGUAUUAUGGGAGGUUAUCUAUACAACCAGUAUCAUUAUGAGCAUGAUGCUGAUUUUGUUCAUAUAAAGAUGUUGCGCAACAAUACUUUCGUUACAGUGACCGAUGCUAAAGGAAAUGUAAAGCUCAGUGGCUCUGCUGGUUCCUUGAAAGACAUGAAAUCGGGACAAAAGCUUUCUAGGUAUGCUGCUGAAGCAACAGCAGAAGUGGUUGGAAGAAGAGCUAGAGGUUUAGGGUUGAAAUCUGUUGUCAUGAAAGUAAACGGAUUUACUCAUUUUCGGAGGAAAAGGCAAGCGAUAUUGAGCUGGAGGGAAGGAUUUACUGAUUCUCGAGGGGAUAAAAAUCCGAUUGUAUACAUUGAAGAUACAACUCGUCGUCCCCAUAAUGGCUGCAGAUUGCCAAAGAGUCGACGUAUCUAGUUAUUUUUGCUGUGAUGGUUGAAGCUUUAUUUGACUUGGAUGAAGAUUUGUUAUAUGCUGUUUAUUUUCCUUCUGUUGAGCAUAUUUUUACCAUGACUCUGUUUAAUACAUGUAUGUUUGCAUUUUGUACAAUAACCAGAAUUUUUGUAGCAGCAUCUACUGAAAGGCUAUGUAGUUUUAAUUUGACGA